CCUUUCUUUUUAUUCUUCUUGUUUCGUGGUUUAAUUUAAUUUUAUUGUUGAUAUUUUUGACAGUCAGCUAUGUACCAAAAGUAAUUUAAAAAUAAAGAAAAAUGAUUUGACUGUUAUUUUUAUAAAUUAACUGAAAAUUAAAAAAAUGUCCAAUUCUUCAAAGGAAACAAAGGGAAAGAAUGCUGAGGAAGAGAAACCAUUUGUUGCAAAAUCAACAGCAGAUUUACAACGACUAAAGUUAAUGAAACUUAUGAAAAAUCCUGAAAAGCCAGUUGUAAUACCAGAAAAACCGAAGGCAAAGAAUACACCGUCAAUACCAGAAUUUGUUCGCAAUGUAAUGGGAAGUAGUGCUGGUGCUGGAAGUGGAGAAUUUCAUGUAUAUCGACAUUUAAGACGAAAAGAAUAUUCACGUCAAAAAUGUAUACAAGAAAAAGGUCAUAGGGAUCUUCUUGAUGAGGAACAUCAUAAAAAAUUAACGGAAAAUAAAAAGAAAGCAGAAGAUGCAACAACAAAGAGAAGAAACAAAAGAUUAAAGAAAAAAGAAAGACUUAAAGAAAUUAAAAAGUUAAAAUUAAACAAAAAGAUGAAUGAAACAGAAGAAAAUCAAAGCGAUUCCAAUAAAUCAGAGGAUGAUACGCAUUCUGAAAAUGAUAAUGAACAACUUGAAAAAAGUAAAGAACCUCUUACAAGUAGUGAAAUGGCUGAAAGCAAACUUAAAGAAUUAAUAUUCGAUGAAGAUCAAAUAGUAACAUACACACGACUGAGCAAACAACUAAAUGUUCAUGUUAAUGAAUCAAAACGAAUAUUAUCGGAAUUUUGGCGGAAUAAUAAAGGAAAUGCAACAAUUAGCGCGACAUUCGCAAUUAUGGGUCAAUUAUCUGAUAAUUCUGAUCGAAUUGAAGUUGUCGAAGAAUCAGCAUUGCCUUUGACUAAAGAAAAAUUUCAAAAAAUAUACUCUGAACAUAUUUAUAGUUUACAAAAAUCACUGGCAAAUCUACAAUUAUUGGCAUUAAUUGAACUACCAAAUACACAAUUUUCUUCAAUUAAUUGUAAAGAAAGUACUCUAAAAUUAAAUCAUUUAAAUUCAAAACCAGUAACAAAAUUAGUGGAACAAACAAAAAAAUCCUUUGAGUCUGAAAAAAAAGUCGAAUCAAAUUCUCAUUCGAAAAAAGUAGAGCAAGAAAUUUGUGAAAAAACUGAUACAAAUGAAAAGAAGGAGAAAGUAAAUAAAACUCCAAUAGUAAAGGAAAAAUCGAAAAAAGCGACUGUAGUAGCAAAAAAACCGGUUCAAAGUCGUGAAGCAGGAUUUAGAAAUAUGUUCGCUAAAGUUGCUGAUGUAAAUUCAAAACGAUUAGCAACGCAAAAAGAAGAGGCAGAAAAAAAUGUUAGUUUGAUAGACGAUGAUAGUGAUGAAGAGGAAACGGAAAAGGAAAAGGAAAGAAAAGAAAAAUCAACUUCAAAUACUAAAAAAGAGAAAAUAAAAGAAACAAAAAAUACUCAACAGUCAACGAAAAAGGAUAGUAAAAGAAAAAUGGAAAACAAAGAAUUAAAUAAUAUAAAGAAACGAAGACGAAUAAUCGCUGAAUCAGAUUCAUCGGAAGAGGAAAAUGAAUUAAAUAAUUUUGAGGAAGAAAUUAAAGAAAAUACAAUAUCUCAUGAAAAUAAAGAAGAAUCACCAAAAAUCACCAAAUCACCAAUCGCAAAUUCACCCGAAAUCAAUGAUAGAAGUGAAAAACGUGUUGUUCAUGAAAAAGAAGAUGUUCGUUAUGUUGACGAUGAUGGUUUUCUUGUAACAAAAAAAGUUAAUGUUACAAAAGUUACAACCAAAGUUGCUAAAGAACGUUCACCUUCGCCUAAAAAAUCCAAACAAGUUACUGUUAACAAAAAACAAACAAAACAAUCAACACUGACGAGCUUUUUCAAAAAAAAAUGAUUUACAAAAUUUUUUUUCGAAUUUUAGUUUUUAUUUUAUUUUAAUUUACAAAUUGAAAUUUCCUUUAAGCAAAUUAAAAUGUCGAUUUUUUUUUUUAUUAAAGUUUUGUUCACAAAUAAAAGUUUUUUUUAUUGCUUUUCAAAAACAAAAAAAAAAAUAGAAAAUAACGAAAUUGUAAAUUUUUUUUGUUUCUAUUGAAAUAUUUUUAAAUUGAUAGGAAUUAUAUAUUUUUUUGAAUGUAAAAUAAAAUAGUAUUUAUCUAUAGGUCUGAAAAAUAAUGAGAUACAUUUUCAAUUUAUAUAUUAAAAUCAAUAAUGUUACGAAUUUGUUAUAAAUUUACUAAGUGACUAAAAAUAUUGCAUUUUUUGUAACUUGGUUUAGAAAAAAAAAAGAAAAAUGAAACUACGAAUUAAAAAUGGAAAC